AUGGAGACGGAGGUGGGCCCCCGGGCAACGAACGCGGCGCCGGACAUGUUCUCGCUGCCGGUGGACUCUGAGCACAAGGCCAAGUCCUUCAGGCUCUUCUCCUUCGCCGGCCCGCACAUGCGCGCCUUCCAUCUCUCCUGGAUGGCCUUCUUCAUGGCCUUCGUCUCUACCUUUGCGGCGGCGCCGCUCGUCCCCAUCAUCCGCGACAACCUCGGCCUCACCAAGGCCGACAUCAGCAAUGCCAGUGUGGCUUCUGUGUCCGGCUCUAUCUUCUCAAGGGUCGCCAUGGGCGUCGUGUGCGACCUCCUUGACCCCCGCUACGGCUGCGCAUUCCUCGUCAUGCUGUCGGCGCCCGCCGUGUUCUGCAUGUCGCUCGUCGACGACGCUUCGGGCUACAUCAUGGUCCGCUUCCUCAUCGGCUUCUCGCUCGCCACGCUCAUCUCAUGCCAGUACUGGAUGAGCACCAUGUUCAGCGGCAACAUCAUCGGCGCCGUCAACGGGCUCGCGGCCGGCUGGGGCAACGUCGGUGGAGGCAUCACGCAGCUCCUCAUGCCACUAGUGUUCGAGGCCAUCCAAAAGUGCGGCGCCACCCGCUUCACGGCUUGGCGCGUAGCUUACUUCGCCCCCGGUACGCUGCACAUCGUCGUGGGCAUCAUGGUGCUCACGCUGGGGCAGGACCUCCCCGACGGCAACCUCUCAAGCCUGCAGAAAAAGGGCCAAGUUGCCAAGGACAGCUUCGUCAAGGUGGUUUGGGGCGCCAUCACCAACUACCGCACGUGGAUCUUCGUGCUCCUCUACGGCUACUCUGCUGGCGUCGAGCUCUGCACCGACAACGUCAUCGCUGAGUACUACUACGACCGGUUCCACCUGAAUCUCCGCACCGCCGGCACCAUCGCCGCCUCUUUCGGCCUCGCCAACAUCUUUGUGCGCUCUAUGGGCGGCUACUUCUCCGACGUUGGCGCGCGCUACUUCGGAAUGCGCGCCCGCCUCUGGAACAUCUGGAUCCUCCAGACCGCCGGUGGCGCCUUUUGCUUCUGGCUUGGUCGCGCCUCCAGCCUACCCUCAUCCGUCACCGCCAUGGUCUUCUUUUCGAUCUGCGCUCAGGCCGCUGAGGGCGCCAUCUUCGCCGUCAUACCUUUCGUCUCACGCCGCUCCCUAGGCAUCAUCUCGGGGAUGACCGGCGCCGGCGGGACCUUCGGUGCGGCGUUCACGCAGCUGCUUUUCUUCACGUCGUCCAGCUACGGCACUGGGCAGGGGCUCCAGUACAUGGGCAUAAUGACAAUGGCAUGCACGCUGCCAGUCACGCUCGUGUAUUUCCCUGAGUGGGGCUCAAUGUUCUUCCCGCCCAGCGCCGGUGCCGAUGAGGAGAAGUACUACGGCUCGGAGUGGUCGGAGGAGGAGAAGAGCAAGGGACUCAACGCCCGCAGCGUCAAGUUCGCCGAGAACAGCCGCUCAGAGCGCGGCAGGCGCAACGCCAUUAUCGCCAAGGCCGCCACGCGGCCCAAUGACACCAACCAAAAUGUAUAA